CCAAGUUUCAGUGUAUAAUGACAUCGCAAUGGAAUGUGUUGAAAAAAUCAUGAAAUCCGCCACAAAUGUUGACAUCAAUUAGUGAAUUGAAAAAUGCUGCCCAUCACCUAAGUCUAGACUCGUCAGCCUUCUGGGCUAAACCAACCUCAUCCACCAGACUGUUGGAGGAAGUUACUUCUGAUAGUAAAAGCUUGUCUCAACUUGCCUCUGUGUCAGCUGGACCGACCCCACCGGAGUGAUGCAGGACAAUGAGCUACAAGCUGAGUACAGCAUCUCUCUCAACUCGUCGCCAUGUGCAGAUUUCCUGACCAGUGAAAUAGAUCGGGGGGACAGUCAGGGGGAGUAUGGAGGCCUGAUGGGGGAGAUGUCAGCAUCCUACAGUGAUGGCAAAGAUCCAGAAAUGGACAUUUUCGAUAAACCCCUUGGUAUGGAUGAUUUUGGUAUUGACAUUCGCAAUGACUUGUAUCAGUCUUUGGAUGCGGAUAUGAAAUUAGGUAAUGGUGAUGAUACCAAUACUGGUGAGAGUGAUGACGCACAGGAUUUCAAUCCCAUCCAGAAUCUGAAGAAAACACAAGGAUCAAAAACAAAGAAGAUGAAAUUUACAAAGGAUUUGAAAGAGACAGAAGCUGUGAAUAAUAAUUUAGAAGAUCACAACCAAACUGGGGUUGUGUCUCUAUCAGGUGACAAUGAGGGUAGUCUUAAUAGCAUAAACAAAGAAAAGAAAGUUUCUAAGAAUUCCCCAGGUGGUCGCCGAGCACCUUCUAAGUCGCGCAAUUCACGCAGAGGAUCUCGACCACUAAAAAACUCGAAAAAUUCCCCAAAGUGUUCUGGUGAAGGGAGUGAGUGUGAUCAUGAUAACUUGCCAGUCCUAGCCAAUGGUUCCCCGCCGCCAACCUUGUCAGUGUCUGAAAGCCAAGGGAAUGACUACAUUCAGAUUGAAGCAGGGUUUGUUGGAAGUAACUGUGACACUGAUCAUAAUAAUAUGCAGAAUGUGAUCGUCCGUUUGGAGCCGACUUUUAACAUGCACAAUGACCUUUCCAUAAAUAAUGUUCAGGCAAUCCGGGAUGAGUUUCCUGACCUGAACCAUGAGUCCUCAGGGAUUGAGGGCGAGGAUGCAGGUUUUGGGUCACCGGAUGCUGUCGGUGGUUUCCUCAAUAGUCAAACUAAUGACAUGGCCUUGACCAUCGUUCCGAGUCCAAGUACCUCCACAGAACCUGUGGCAUCUUCAAGCAAUAUGCUGAUAACAUCGGCACCAGAUUUAGUGAAUGCAUCGAGCUCAGACACGCCUAUUAUUCUGAAUGCUAAUGUUCUUAAUCAGGGUACAGAGAGAAAUGUUUCCUAUGUGAUGAUACCAGUCAGUUUAGUGCAGCAGCUUCAGGCAGCCAAUCAGCCCUCCACGUCUACUGCAGGCGGGUCCUCAACAAGCCUCCAACCAAGGCCGCAGAUUGUACAGUUACUAAAUGAAAACUAUGGAUAUGUCUGCCAUGUUUGUCGUUACUCGGGUAAGAUGCCGUACUUGCUGGAAAAUCAUAUGAAGACUUGUCACCUGCCACACCGACCAUACAUUUGCCUUGGCUGCUACAAGGCGUUCAAUCUGCGUGGGACGGCGCUGUGUCACAUCCGUCUGAAGCAUCUGGAGGCAGGCACCCAGAUGAUGAUCGACCAAGACAUGGAGGGCCUUCAGACCGUCGAAUGUCAGAAACUUAUGCAGUUGAUUUUCAGGUGUCAUGUGUGUGAUUCUGUUGGGAAAUAUAUGUCGGGUGUGAAUAACAAACCAAAAAAUCUCAAUCCACAUUUGUUCGUUUGCAAGGUGCAUGCAGAAGUCACACCAUCUCAGUAGUGUAAUCAAUCAUUUAUCAGGUCACGGACUCUGCGGACCAGUCGAACAUGACCUUAGUCUUCGUAUGCUGCUUCUUGUGGACGGUUCUUCUGCGAAUGCUUAUAUUCUAUUUGAAUGUUGGCAAUUCAGUAUAAUAUCAUGUAUGAUUAUAUUUUCAGUUUUUAGCAAGACAUAUACUUACCUGCUCUAAUUCUGAUGUAAUUUGGAGGUAAAUUAUUGAUUGAAUGUCCAUGCUUCAGUAGUAUUACUCAUGCACUUGGUCUGACUUUGACCCAUGCUUUGAACAUAUUGAAUAUUUGUCUUCUGCUUGCUCUUUCUCACCAGAAUACCAUUCAAGCAGUGUUGUUUAUCAUUUUUGUGACUGAGGAGCCUUGUUAUUGUAUGGAUUGAUUUGGCCAAUUGUUGUGGCUCUGAUAAGAGGCAAGGCAGAGCUUUUAAACAUUUGACAACAGUAACAUGUAACGUGUAACGUGUGUAAUGUAUUUGGUUUUCUGAACUGGUGGUUCAGGUUGAAUUUCAAAUUCAUUUAUCAUUCAUUCAGUUCUGGCUUGGUGGCUGUAGGCUUUUGGGUUAUGGGUGUGAUGUACAUUAUGUAACAAUAACAUGCAAAAAGGAUGAAUUUAACAUGAAAAAAAUUUAAAUUUUACACUGAUGUCUACUUCACUGAAUUCCCUGAUUUCAAUCUAGGUCAGGUUUGUUGUGUACUCAUUGGCUGAAAUAUCCUGUGGUAGUGGCUUAGGUGAGGUUGUUUCAAUCAGUAUGUUACCUCGUCCCCAGACACUGACCCUGCCGACUUCAUGUUAUUGCACAAUAAUUUGCAGGACGGUUUCAGACUUUCACAUGUCGCUGGUAUUUAAGGAUGUAACCAAUGGAAGCACCGUGGUGUAAAGCCCGAGAGAUGGUCAGGGUGGAGGUAGUCACCUUCUGCCAUUUCAUUUCUUAAAAUUUUGGCCCCGCAGUUGAAAUAGACGUUAAAUGAUGCAUUUAAGGGUAAUCUUGUGCAUAAUGCUUGUAUAUACCGUAAAUUUAUGUGUAGGAGCCUGUCUAUUUUGAUUUUUCACUUGGGCAGACGGAUGUGUGUACAUCUGUUUGGAUUUGUAAAGAUUGUCAUAACAUUGAUGGUGGUGCUUGUAGUUUGGAAUGGUUCGCUAGAAAAUAGAUUUGAAAACAUCGACUUGUGGUAUGAACGUAGCACAAUGUAUGGUAUAAACUCUUAAGUACAGUAGAACCUCUUUAUCAAGACACCCUUGGGACUGACGAACGCUGUCUCAAGGGGGUUGUGUGAUUACAGCGUGGUCAGACUGAGGGGGAGUAUUUAUUCCGGACUAAAAUCUGUGUCCUUGAUACAGAGGGUGUCCACUAAGGAAGGUUUCACUACAGUAUGUUUGUAAAUAGAAGCCUGUGCCCGUUGAAAAUUAUGGUUCAUAGCUUUUGUAUAAAGGUGUAGCAUGCAUCCUAGUACAAGCCUCCGCACUGCGUACAGUUAUUCAUGUUAGUGAUGGCCAGUAUUGAAUCCUUCCGAGUUGCUUACGGUUACCCCAACUCGAGUCCCUCUUUUGUAGGGUGCUUUAGUUCAUAUGUGACUCGCUCUACCAAAACUAGGCGCUUGUCGCAUCUGAACUCGACAGGUUGAUACGGACUUGUUGUUCAUUUCCCUAUUGUAGACCUUUUGUGAAAUCUAUUACAAACUGAUUUGGUCACAUUUCACAAAAGGUCUACGAUAGGGAAAUGAACAACAAGUCCGUAUCAACCUGUCAAGUUCAGAUGCGACAAGCGCCUAGUUUUGGUAGAGCGGGUCACAUAUAUACAAUAUGUAACACAGCUUGUACCACUUGAUUUGAGUCGUUAUUUUUUACAAUUUGUGCAGGAGCAGUCGGCAUUGUUGACAUUAUGGGCCCUUGUUUGCUUUCUUGAGGUAUCAAAUACUGUAUCGUAUCUAUCUACCGUAUUGUAUUGGUCUUUUUCUGAGUUUCUGUCGGGAAAAAGUUUUUGCUGGAGAAAGUUGAUUGGGCGAAGAAUAUUAGACUUGAGGCGUGGGGAUAGGUGUUCUUGGUUAAAAUGCAUUGUAAAUGUUUUCAUCAUGGAAAUAAUAUGUAUAAAUAUCAGUGAAAAGAAAGUGCUCACUUCAAUCCCAGUUCAGAAAAGACUUGUUCGGCAAAGGGGUCUUCAAUAAGGGAUAUACACACCUACUAAGGGGGCAGAACUUGCUUUGGGCAUAUAUGCACAUACCUGUACAUCAGUCUGUGUAUGGCAGCCCUUUUGACAUACAGAGGGGAGAGGGUCAACAAAAUUGGUUUUGAUUUGUUAUUUAUGGAUUUCCCACUCCACAAGUGCCUCGCAACCCACCAGAAAUGAAGCAUGAGACAAGUAUUUUCUGAACUGCAGGGUAGUAGCCACAGGGCUUUUAGUCAGAUCUUUGUCAUCUCACUUAUAAAGUCUGUAUAUACAUCCUGUUCUACUGGAAACUAAUAAGUAUAGUUGAUAAAUUAUGAGCCUUUACUUUUCUAA